AUGUCAACCGCAUCCUCCCUCCUGAGGGGCUCUUAUGCCUUUCAACGAACAGCCUCUUCCGCUGCCAAGUCAUCAUUCUGUUCUCGGUUUCAGUGCAGGAAUAGCUCACAUGGCCCGUAUGCACCUCUGCCCACGCCGAGCCAACUUCCAAGAAAGAGAAUCACGCUCAAUUCGUUGCGGUCUUUGUACAAAAAGGGAGAGCCGAUUACCGUCUUGACGGCUCAUGACUUUCCUAGCGGCCAUAUUGCCGAUGCGGCGGGGAUGGAGAUAGUUCUUGUGGGAGACAGCCUUGCAAUGGUAGCGCUGGGAAUGGAAGACACUAGCGAGGUUUUGGUGGAAGAGAUGUUGCUUCAUUGUCGUUCGGUAGCGAGAGCCGCCAAAACAUCAUUCACUGUUGGAGAUCUUCCCAUGGGAUCAUACGAGAUCUCGCCCAAGCAAGCUCUAGAAACUGCCAUCAGGUUCGUGAAAGAUGGUCGCAUGCAAGGCAUCAAACUUGAGGGUGGCCUGGAAAUGGCCCCAACCAUCAGGAAAAUCACGACAGCCGGUAUCCCAGUCCUGGGCCACAUAGGUCUGACACCACAACGCCAGAACGCUCUGGGCGGAUUUCGCGUCCAGGGGAAGACAUCAGAAGGUGCCAUGAGAAUCCUAGAAGAUGCCUUGGCGGUCCAAGAAGCUGGAUGUUUCGCAACGGUCAUCGAAGCUGUCCCUCAGGAAGUUGCAGCCUUGAUCACAAAGAAGCUUUCCAUCCCAACGAUCGGUAUUGGGGCUGGGAAUGGUUGUUCGGGCCAAGUGCUGGUCCAAGUCGACAUGACCGGGAAUUUUCCUCCGGGUCGCUUCAUCCCGAAAUUUGUAAAGAAGUACAGUGAUGUCUGGAGCCAGAGCUUGAAAGCUAUCAAAUCUUAUAGAGACGAGACGAAGAGUCGAGCGUACCCCGCACCAGAGCACACCUACACGAUAUCCAAGGAAGAAUUAGAGGAGUUCGAGCGUGUGCUGGAGGCAAAAGUUAUCUGA